AAUUUCAGAUAUUAAAAUCACAAAAAUGUAUGGUUUGAUUUUAUUUCAUUUUCAGUUUUCCCCGUACGGUUUAUAUCAGAGAAAGAAAAAGAAAAAACUGGAUUCUUGGGACUUUGUAAAAUGGAAACCAUAAGAACUCGAUCCUUUCUACAAACAAGAAACCCGAGAAUAGCUACACUCGUUAUGCAUAUAUUAUGGCUUGGGGAUCAUAAAUUCAUAAUAGAUGUGUAAGACAACAUUCAUAAUUGUUAUACAUAUUCAAAGUUGGUCGUAGAAAUCCAGCACUCAUAAAUCACGUUUUACUUAUUUUCACAUGUUGUGUCUUUUUUUCUUCCUUAAAUUUCUUUGGACGCAACCUCUUGGAAUAUGAAUUUGAGCCGGAACUACUUCCUGACAAGUAUAGUAAAAUAGGUCUGUUCUUUUAUUUGUCUCUUGAUAACUGGGGACCCUAGCAGCCAGAUGCAUGUUUCUAUUCAGAAAAAGCUAACACGCUUUAGAGGAGGUAGUACACUGUUGGCUUUUGUUCCUUGGGACCUGAACCUCAUCAAACAAGAAAAAUGAGGAUAUGAUGUAAAUUCAGGAGUAAUUUCAGGAGCUCUUCUUUACAUAAGAGAUGACUUCAAGGCUGUUGACAGGGAGACUGUUCUACAAGAAAGUAUCGUGAGCAUGGCAGUUGCAGGAGCCAUAAUAGGAGCUUCCAUUGGAGGAUGGAUGACAGACCGGUUUGGAAGAAAAACCUCAAUCCUUGUUGCUGACUUCCUCUUCUUUCUCGGGUCAAUAAUCAUGGCUGCAGCAGCGAAUCCCGCUAUGCUCAUUGGAGGACGAAUUUUUGUGGGUAUUGGUGUUGGAAUGGCCUCGAUGACUGCCCCACUCUAUAUAUCCGAGGCUUCUCCUGCCAAAAUCCGAGGAGCUUUAGUCAGUACCAAUGGCUUCCUUAUAACAGGAGGCCAGUUUCUAUCUUACCUCAUAAAUUUAGCCCUCACCAAGGCACCUGGAACGUGGAGAUGGAUGCUUGGAAUUGCUGGACUUCCAGCCCUGUUACAGUUCGUGCUAAUGUGGCUUCUUCCAGAGUCACCACGUUGGCUUUACAGAAAGGGAAGGGAGGAAGAAGCCAAAGUAAUAUUAAGAAAAAUAUACCCAUCAAAUGAGGUCGAAAAAGAGAUUCAAGAUCUGAAAGCCUCAGUGGAAAAGGAGACAACAAAAGAGGGCUCUUCAGAGAAAAUCAACUUCAUUGAGCUGUUGAAAACCAAGACUGUUAGGAGAGGUCUAAUCGCAGGUGUUGGGCUUCAAAUUUUCCAACAAUUUGUAGGAAUUAAUACAGUUAUGUAUUACAGUCCUACCAUAGUUCAGCUAGCUGGUAUUGCAUCUAACCAAACAGCAUUGCUUCUCUCUCUUGUUACCGCGGGUCUCAAUGCCUUGGGAUCCAUUGUCAGUAUUUACUUCAUUGACCGGACGGGGAGGAAGAAGCUUCUAGUUAUUAGUUUGAGUGGUGUCAUCAUAUCUCUUGGAGUUCUAUCGUCUGUAUUCCAUGAAACAACUUCUCAUUCACCAGCCGUUAGCAGGCAGGAAACGGCUCGUUUCUCGAAUUACAGUUGCCCCAGUUAUGGAUCAGCAAGGUCCACUGACUGGAACUGCAUGAAGUGCUUAAAGGCUUCAUCUCCAGAUUGCGGAUUCUGUGCUUCUGGUAACAAUAAGUUAUCUCCAGGGGCUUGUUUGAUCUCAAAUUCAACAGUGAAAGAUCUUUGCCAUAGCGAUGAUCGACUCUGGUACACAAGAGGUUGCCCUAGUAAAUACGGCUGGUUGGCAUUGAUUGGACUAGCUCUGUACAUUAUAUUUUUUUCACCAGGAAUGGGUACUGUACCAUGGAUUGUAAACUCAGAAAUCUAUCCACUGAGAUUCAGGGGGGUCUGCGGAGGAAUAGCUGCCACUGCAAACUGGAUUUCAAACCUGAUAGUUGCUCAGUCCUUCCUUUCAUUAACAGAAGCCAUUGGUACCUCAUGGACAUUUUUUAUAUUUGGGGUAAUCUCUGUCAAUGCACUAUUGUUUGUCCUUGUUUACGUGCCAGAAACCAAAGGCCUACCAAUUGAGGAGGUGGAGAAGAUGCUGGAAGAGAGAGCUCUACACUUCAAAUUAUGGAACAAGAGACCAGAACCCUUGCACAAAAAUUCAAGUGUAUGAACUGAACAGGUUACUUGGUUACGAGCAUGUAUAGUAAACAUGAGUAAUAACAGAUAUAGGGGGGUUCCCUGAUAUGUAUAAUAUUCGACCGAAUAAGUACAGUAUAACUGUAUUAGCACAACGAUAUAUAUAUGAAGAUGAUAACAUCUUUCCUGCAUGA